GGCUCUGGCGAACAAAACAGACCAAAAGAAAUCGGCAUGGAUUUGGACUCACGCCAAGUCACUAUUGAAAAGCAAGCGUCUGCUCUGGACUUAAUCAAAGCUGGAUCAGUGGAUAGUGAUGAUAUUGUUCGCCGCGAAUUGCAGUUGGUGGCUUUACUCCCACCGGGAGUAAGUAACGGAAGCAGAGGCUUGCUCACUCAACAACGUACUUACGUUUUGGAUAUGCUGCGCGGCGGGCUUGACUCUAAUAAAAUUUCCGUAAAACUGCUAGAAUGCCUGCCCUCAUGUAUUAACUUCCUCUUUAGAGGCGAUCCUAUAAAUUGCACGAUGGUGGAAGAAAUCAUGCGUUUCUCGAGUCUGAAAAUGGCUGCAGAAACUACAACUGUCAACGAAAAUAGUAGCGAAGUGAAAGUGGCGCUAAAGUUACUCGCCCAAAUGGUUCUGAUGAAGCCGUGUCGUCUGAUUGGGACUAAGCGCAAGAACAGCUACAAUGUCUUCGAUGGCUGUUCGUCUUCCAAAUCUGCUAGAGUCACGGAUCCGGUACCCAAAUUCGUUGGUAGGUUUGAUGGUGCAGCGCUAGCAGGAUCUCUAAAUAUUCAGGAUUUUAAGGCAGGCGGAAGCACUGGCCCUAUCUCGUCACGUCUAAAGUAUAAGCUAAACAAACCACCUGCUUGGCGCCCUCAGUUGCAGUUUAGCAGCAAUCAAAAGGAUAUAACCGAGGGUAGAGAAUGGUUGCGAGCUUGCGAGGCUCAGGGAAAUCAUUUUCAAUUAAACGUGCAACGCUCUUUGUGCCCUUCCAAUAUGAACGGCCCACCGCAUGGCUCUGUAAGCUAUUUUCAUCAUGCCCAGGAAUUUGCCUUAUCCGGUACUCCGGAAUUAUUUCGCUUUGUUGCCAGACAGGCAUCGGGUCCUGAAGCUAAAGUUACUGAACUGCCGUCAGAGCUAUCCAAGCCGCAAAACGAUUAAAGCAUUAGCAUGGCCUAGAACAUGUCUCUAAUUUAUAUUACAAGCUAUCCUUAAUAUAUUUAAAUAUAUAGAUUACUAGACAUUGCCA